UAAUGUCUUCCUCUGAGUCUGAGAGCAGUCAGCAAGGGAGGCAUCAGGAGGUCGGGCACAAGAGCCUUCUUCAGAGCGACGCCCUCUAUCAGUACAUGCUGGAGACCACCGUUUACCCUCGCGAGCCCGAAUGCAUGAAAGAACUCCGCGAGAUCACCGCCAAUCACCCUUGGAAUAUUAUGACAACCUCGGCUGACGAAGGGCAGUUCUUGAACAUGCUGCUCAAGCUCAUUAACGCCAAGAACACCAUGGAGAUCGGCGUGUACACCGGCUAUUCCCUCCUCGCCACCGCCCUCGCCCUCCCCGACGAUGGCAAGAUACUGGCCAUGGACAUCAACCGGGAGAACUACGAGCUUGGUCUGCCGGUGAUCGAGAAGGCCGGCGUCGCCCACAAGAUCGACUUCCGCGAAGGCCCGGCCCUCCCUGUUCUCGAUCUACUGCUUGAAGAUGAGAAGAAGCAGGGGAGCUUCGACUUCGUGUUCGUGGACGCCGACAAGGACAACUACCUCAACUACCACAAGCGGCUGCUGGAGCUGGUGAAGGUGGGCGGCGUGAUCGCGUACGACAACACGCUCUGGAACGGGUCCGUGGUGGCGCCGCCGGACGCGCCGCUGCGCAAGUACGUCCGCUACUACCGCGACUUCGUGCUGCACCUCAACAGGGCUCUCGCCGCCGACCCCCGCAUCGAGAUCUGCCAACUCCCUGUCGGCGACGGCGUCACCCUCUGCCGGAGGAUCAAAUGAUCACGGCAAUCUAUGUACAUCUCCCAUCUCUCCCCAUUAAUUUGUUCUAAUUAAUGUCAUCAUCAUAAUCAAAUGUCAACCGCAUGACAUUUUUCCUGCUACAAUCGUAGCUGAGAGAGAAGAACUAUGCCAUGUAAAUUAAAUUUCAGCAAUAUGAGUUUGACUGUUGGACUUUUUCUUGUGA